AUGCCAGCGCGUCCUCAAAUCACCCUGGAUGGGUUGGCCAGUCUGCUCUUGCAUUGCCCAGAUUUGUGCACUCUUGGCAUCGGCAUGGACGCCGCCUCAUACAGUGCUGUGACGCCCAUGGUACCAGGGGAUGGUGUAAUCAAUACCAAGAUCACCACGCUCUCUGUCGGGGCAUCGCUAAUCGAAAAUCCGUUGGCUGUCGCCGCAUUCCCCUCCUCCGUCUUACCAAACUUGAAGAACAUUCUGCCCAAGUUCGACACUGGCUUUGUGCCCAAUCAAACGAAAAGGCGACACACGAAGUGGGCGAGAGCUGCAACGUAUCUGCAAGAUGUGGACAUGAUCAGGAAGCAAGAGAGGGCCAGAUUGGGGGUCUACUAG